AUGUCCAUAUUUUUCAAAACGCCAUUGGAAAUUGAGAUCAGGUUGGAGAAUGAAGAAAGUCGCAAACAUGCUGACGUCAAGAACCCUCAUGGGCGAAUCGAUAAACUACCUAUUUACCUGGAUGGAGAAACAGUGAAAGGAGUUGUCACAUUGUUUACAAAAGAAGGUAAAAGGGUGGAGCAUCAGGGGGUGAAAGUGCAACUUUUGGGCACAAUUGAGACCAACAAUGACGGGUUGUCGUCGUCCAACUUUCUUUCGCUAGCAACGGAGCUAGCAGCUCCGGGCCAGCUAGUCCACUCGGAAUCGUAUUCAUUUGAAUUUAGAAAUGUUGAAAAGCAAUAUGAAAGCUACCGAGGGAAAAAUGCUAGGUUGAGGUACUAUGUAAAAGUGACAGUUUUAAGAAAGUCAAAUGCCGAAAUUAACAGGGAAAAAGAGCUUUGGGUAUAUCAGUAUACAAACACUUCUACUAGAGACGAGGCAACUAAACAAGACACCGUUCGCAGCUCAAUGCAAGCGGCUCCAAAGCAGAAGGACUCAACCAAUGGAGUGAAAAUGGAUGUGGGUAUCGAAGAUUGUUUGCACAUUGAAUUUGAAUAUUCCAAAUCCCGCUUUUCUUUGAAGGAUGUGAUAAUCGGCAGAAUAUUCUUUUUGCUUGUGAGGUUGAAAAUAAAGCACAUGGAGUUAUCAUUGAUAAAACGGGAGACGGUGGGUUCCAGUCCUAAACAGAUAACUGAUAGUGAGACGGUGGUGCGAUUUGAAAUCAUGGAUGGCGCGCCAGUCAAGGGGGAAACAAUUCCAAUCCGACUCUUUUUGAGCGGGUUUGACCUCACACCUACUUAUAAAGAUGUGAAUAAAAAGUUUUCUGUGAGAACUUAUCUUUCCUUGGUGUUGAUAGACGAAGAUGCGAGGAGAUACUUCAAGCAAAGUGAGAUAUAUCUCUACAGGGAUUCAUAG